AUGUCUGGCCCCUGGCCCUCCCCCGAGAGCCGGACCAAGGGAACGGUGGCCUGGCUGGCGGAGGUACUCCUCUGGGUUGGAGGGAGUGUGGUGCUGUCUCCACAGUGGCAGCUCGGCCCCCUGGUGGAGCGGUGCAUGGGUGCCAUGCAGGAGGGGAUGCAGAUGGUGAAGCUGCGUGGCGGCUCCAAGGGUCUGGUCCGCUUCUACUACCUGGACGAGCACCGCUCCUGCAUCCGCUGGAGGCCCUCACGCAAGAACGAGAAGGCCAAGAUCUCCAUCGACUCCAUCCAGGAGGUGAGUGAGGGGCGGCAGUCGGAGGUCUUCCAGCGCUACCCCGAUGGCAGCUUUGACCCCAACUGCUGCUUCAGUAUCUACCACGGCAGCCACCGCGAGUCGCUGGACCUGGUCUCCACCAGCAGCGAGGUGGCACGCACCUGGGUCACUGGCCUGCGCUACCUCAUGGCCGGCAUCAGCGACGAGGACAGCCUGGCUCGCCGCCAACGCACCAGGGACCAAUAUCCUUGGUGGCUGAAGCAGACAUUUGAUGAGGCCGACAAGAACGGGGACGGCAGCCUGAGCAUCGGCGAGGUCCUGCAGCUGCUGCACAAGCUCAACGUGAACCUGCCCCGGCAAAGGGUGAAGCAGAUGUUCAGGGAAGCAGACACGGACGACCACCAAGGGACGCUGGGUUUUGAAGAGUUCUGUGCCUUCUACAAGAUGAUGUCCACCCGCCGGGACCUCUACCUGCUCAUGCUGACCUACAGCAACCACAAGGACCACCUGGACGCCGCCAACCUGCAGCGCUUCCUGCAGGUGGAACAGAAGAUGACGGGUGUGACCCUCGAGAGCUGCCAGGACAUCAUCGAGCAGUUUGAGCCAUGCCCAGAAAACAAGAGUAAGGGGCUGCUGGGCAUUGAUGGCUUCACCAACUACACGAGGAGCCCUGCCGGUGACAUCUUCAAUCCUGACCACCACCACGUGCACCAGGACAUGACGCAGCCACUGAGCCACUAUUUCAUCACCUCGUCCCACAACACCUACCUCGUGGGUGACCAGCUCAUGUCCCAGUCACGGGUGGACAUGUACGCCUGGGUCCUGCAGGCUGGCUGCCGCUGCGUGGAGGUGGACUGCUGGGAUGGGCCAGACGGGGAGCCCAUCGUGCACCAUGGCUACACUCUGACCUCCAAGAUCCUCUUCAAAGAUGUCAUCGAAACCAUCAACAAAUACGCCUUCAUCAAGAAUGAGUACCCAGUGAUCCUGUCCAUUGAGAACCACUGCAGUGUCAUCCAGCAGAAGAAAAUGGCCCAGUAUCUGACUGACAUCCUUGGGGACAAGCUGGACCUGUCAUCAGUGAGCAGUGAGGAUGCCACCAUGCUCCCUUCUCCACAGAUGCUCAAGGGCAAGAUCCUCGUGAAGGGGAAGAAGCUCCCAGCCAACAUCAGCGAGGAUGCGGAGGAAGGCGAGGUGUCUGAUGAGGACAGCGCUGAUGAGAUUGACGAUGACUGCAAGCUCCUCAAUGGGGAUGCAUCCACCAAUCGAAAGCGUGUAGAAAACAUUGCUAAGAGGAAACUGGAUUCCCUCAUCAAGGAGUCGAAGAUUCGGGACUGUGAGGACCCCAACGACUUCUCCGUCUCCACACUGUCCCCAUCUGGAAAGCUCGGACGCAAGAGCAAGGCUGAAGAGGACGUGGAGUCUGGGGAGGAUGCCGGGGCCAGCAGACGCAACGGCCGCCUCGUCGUGGGAAGCUUCUCCAGGCGCAAGAAGAAGGGCAGCAAGCUGAAGAAGACGGCCAGCAUGGAGGAGGGAGAUGAGGGCCAGGACUCCCCGGGAGGUCAGAGCCGAGGGACGACCCGGCAGAAGAAGACGAUGAAGCUAUCCCGGGCCCUGUCUGACCUGGUGAAGUACACCAAGUCCGUGGCCACCCACGACAUAGAGACGGAGGCGGUGUCCAGCUGGCAGGUGUCGUCCUUCAGCGAGACCAAGGCCCACCAGAUUCUGCAGCAGAAGCCGGCGCAGUACCUGCGCUUCAACCAGCACCAGCUCUCCCGCAUCUACCCCUCCUCCUACCGCGUGGACUCCAGCAACUACAACCCGCAGCCUUUCUGGAAUGCUGGCUGCCAGAUGGUUGCCCUGAACUACCAGUCAGAAGGGCGGAUGCUGCAGCUGAACCGAGCCAAGUUCAGCGCCAACGGUGGCUGCGGCUACGUACUCAAGCCCGAGUGCAUGUGCCAGGGCGUGUUCAACCCCAACUCGGAGGACCCCCUGCCCGGGCAGCUCAAGAAGCAGCUGGUGCUCCGGAUCAUCAGUGGCCAGCAGCUCCCCAAGCCGCGCGACUCCAUGCUGGGGGACCGCGGGGAGAUCAUCGACCCCUUUGUGGAGGUGGAGAUCAUCGGGCUCCCUGUGGACUGCAGCAGGGAGCAGACCCGCGUGGUGGACGACAACGGAUUCAACCCCACCUGGGAGGAGACCCUGGUGUUCACAGUGCACAUGCCGGAGAUCGCACUGGUCCGCUUCCUCGUCUGGGACCACGACCCCAUCGGGCGUGACUUCAUUGGCCAGAGGACGCUGGCCUUCAGCAGCAUGAUGCCAGGCUACAGGCACGUGUACCUGGAGGGGAUGGAAGAGGCCUCCAUCUUCGUGCACGUGGCUGUCAGCGACAUCAGCGGUAAGGUCAAGCAGGCUCUGGGCCUAAAAGGCCUCUUCCUCCGAGGCCCAAAGCCCGGCUCACUGGACAGUCAUGCUGCUGGGCGGCCCCUGGCCCGGCCCUCCGUUAGCCAGAGGCUCCUGCGGCGCACAGCCAGCGCCCCAACCAAGAGCCAGAAGCCGGGCCGCAAGGGCUUCCAGGAGCUGGUCCUGGGCACUCAGGACACAGGCUCCAAGUGGGUGGCAGACGACAUGGUGCCCCCCAGCCCCAGACCUGCUCUGGAAGCCCCAGCCCAGGAGGGGCCCGGCAGCGGCAGCCCCCGAGACACCCGCCCCCUCUCCACGCAGCGGCCGCUCCCUCCACCGUGCGGCCUGGAAACCAUUGCCGAGGAGCCCGCCCCAGGCCCUGGCCCCACGCCACCAGCGGCCGUCCCCACCAGCUCUUCUCAGGAACGGCCCCCAUACCCCACAGGACCCGGAGCCAAUGUGGCAAGCCCCCCAGAGGACACUGAGGAACACCAAGACAGCAGGCCUCGGCCGUGCAAUGGCAAGCGUCCCGGCGGGGCCUACGAGGGGGCCCCCGGCAGCCAGUCGGACGGCAGGAGCCAGCCCCGGACCCCGGGCCACCUGCCCGUGAUUAGAAGGGUGAAGAGUGAGGGGCAGGUGCCCACAGAGCCCCUGGGAGGAUGGCGGCCCCUGGCUGGUCCCUUUCCAGCCCCUGCCGUGUACUUUGAUGCCACGGGCAGUGACCGGCUGUGGCAGCGGCUGGAGCCAUGUGGCCACCGAGACAGCGUUUCCUCCUCCUCCAGCAUGUCGUCCAGCGACACUGUCAUUGACCUCUCCCUGCCCAGCCUGGGCCUGGGCCGCAGCCGUGAAAGCCUCCCCGGAGCCCACGUGGGACGCCUGCCCCCCAGGCCCCACUCAGCUUCAGCUGCCCGCCCAGACCUGCCACCUGUGACCAAGAGCAAAUCCAACCCCAACCUGCGGGCUGCGGGCGAGCAGCCUCCCACGCCUGACGCACUGCGGCCCAGGCCCCUGGCCCCACGGAUGCCUGGCCUCGCACUCCGGCCGCCCUGGGGCUGCCUCUCCCUGGUGGGCCUGCAGGACUGCCCUGUGGCUGCCAAGUCCAAGAGCCUGGGGGACCUCACUGCUGAUGACUUUGCCCCUAGCUUUGAGGGCGGCUCCCACAGCCUGAGCCACAGCCUGGGCCUCCCGGGAGGGACACGGCAGGUGUCGGGGCCAGGGGUGAGAAGGGAUGCCCUGACAGAGCAGCUGCGCUGGCUCACAGUCUUCCAGCAGGCAGGAGACAUCACGUCACCCACCAGCCUGGGCCCGGCUGGGGAGGGGGUGGCGGGGGGCCCCAGUUUUCUGCGGCGCUCCUCCUCUCGCAGCCAGAGCCGUGUGCGUGCCAUUGCCAGUCGGGCCCGCCAGGCCCAGGAGCGGCAGCAGAGACUGCAGGGCCUGGGCCGGCAGGGACCCCCAGAGGAGGAGCGGGGCACCCCCGAGGGCGCCUGCUCCGUGGGCCACGAGGGCAGUGUGGAUGCGCCAGCACCCUUCAAGGGAGCCCCUGGGUCAGCAUCCGCGGUCGCUGAAAACCUGGUCCUGCUGCGCCUCUGA